AUGUCGUCUACUACAACCGUUGUCGAGGUGAAAUCCCCUCAACCUCAGAGAGCUUCUUUGGCUGGCACUGCUGCCACUGCCAAUGUGACUGCUGCCACUGAGACUACCAGCAUUACCAACACAUCGGAGGCACCGAUUCCUCCUCUCACUCCAGAAAUCCACGCCCCUCCACCAUAUGCUCCGACUCCUGCUCCAACAGAAGAGGACCUGAGAGUUGAUAGAUACGACACUAAUGAAGGUGAACCCGGUGGACGGAUUUAUGUUGGAGGCAGAAAGUCGAAAUUGGCGGUUGUCCAGUCUCGUUAUGUUGCUAGCUGUCUCAAAAACGUCCAUCCAGGUCUGAAUUUCCCCGUUAUUGCUCUGACGACUUUGGGUGAUCGGGUCAAGGACAGACCUUUAUAUGCCUUUGGAGGAAAGUCUCUAUGGACAAAAGAAUUAGAAAUCAUUCUGUUAAACAAAUUAGAAGGUAUUGAGCAGAUCGAUAUGAUUGUUCACUCUUUGAAGGACAUGCCUACUUCACUACCCGACCACUGUAUUUUGGGCGCCAUCACCCAGCGUGAAGACCCUCGUGAUGCCCUUGUCAUGCCCCUUAACUCUCCCUAUAAGCAUCUGAAAGAUCUUCCUGAUGGAAGUAUAGUGGGCACCUCGUCGAUUCGUCGCUCGGCCCAGCUUAAAAGAAGAUACCCCAAACUCAAGUUCGAAAGUGUGCGUGGAGCUGUGCCCACUCGUCUUUCUAAACUUGACGAUCCUGAAGGCAUUUACAGCUGUAUCAUUCUGGCUGCUGCUGGUAUGAUUCGUCUGGGUCUUGAGAAGAGAAUCACCAGUUUCUUAGAGGCUCCUGAUAUGUACUAUGCUGUUGGCCAGGGUGCGCUUGGAGUCGAGAUCAGAGCUGGUGAUGACAAGAUCAAGCGUCUUGUGUCACGAAUUAACCAUCGUCCUACUUCCAUGUGUUGUCUGGCUGAAAGAAGUCUCAUGAAGACACUUGAAGGUGGAUGUUCGGUACCAAUUGGUGUUGAGAGUAACUUCGAGUCUAAGACUUCGCUGCUGGAAAUCACCGGUAUCGUUGUUAGUGUUGACGGUACGGAAUGUGUACAAGGAACUGUCAGUGCUAUUGCCAACACUGAUGAGGAGGCCGAGCAAGUGGGCCGCGACCUGGCUGCCGACCUGCUGGCCAAGGGUGCUAAAAAGAUCCUCGACGCCAUCCAACUCGACCACAUCGAGUGA